AAUCUUCUACGCCACCACCCGACUCACUGAAUACGUUAAAACUGAUGUCAAGUAAUAACAGGCCCCAUUCUGUAACCGAAAUGGUGUUGGACUCGGAGCUAAUCGCCCGCCUUUGGGAGUUCUUAGAUGAAUCUGACCUAAAUACCACCACCACUGCAAUCGUGCUGCGGAGACUGGAGCAGGAUUUCGGUAUUGAUUUGACUGACAGGAAGAAGUUUAUUAGAGAGCAAGUUGAUUUAUAUCUUCAAAGCCAGUUCGAAAAUGCCGAAGAACAAGAUGGAGAUGAUCAGACAGACAAAAUUAAAUUAGAGGAAACCGACGGUUCUGAUUCGGACGACGGAGAGGAGGAAACUGAAAGAGCGAAGAACAAAAGGGCCUCUUCAGAAAAAAGGUCAAAAAGAGUCGAUAGUGAAGGUAAGAGAAGAGGUGGUGGUUUUAACAAAGCAAGCCGACUUUCCCCACAGCUUCAGGAACUUUUGGGAGUCCCUGAAUUGGCAAGGACUGAGGUAGUCAAGCAAACAUGGAUUUAUAUUAGAGAGAAAAUUUUGCAAGACCCAGUUAACAAGAAAAAUAUAAUUUGUGAUGAGCCAUUGCAUGCAAUUUUUGGUGUUGAUUCCAUUGACAUGUUUCAAAUGAACAAAGCCUUGUCAAAGCACAUCUUGCCCUUGGAUCCAGACAAAAUUGUUCCAGUCAAGUCAAUGGAGAAGGAAAAGCCCAGAAAGCAUGAGAGAGACGAAGGUAUGGACAAUCCAGAUGAAGCAAAAGCAAAGGAAAAACGAAUGAAAGGAUUUCUUGCUCCUGUUCAACUUUCAGAUGCUCUAUUCAAAUUUCUUGGUACCGGAGAAAAUGAGUUUACACGGGCUGCUGUUAUAAAGAGAAUGUGGGAUUACAUAAAAGAAAAUAAUCUCCAGGAUCCAUCUGACAAGAGGAAAGUAAUAUGUGACAAGAAGCUGAAAGAGCUCUUCGAUGUUGAAACCUUCCAUGGCUUCACUGUUACAAAACUCUUGGCUGUUCAUUUUCUCAAGAGCUGAUCUGCUUGGAUUGCAGAUAUUGUUCUGGUUCAGGGUUUUUUGUCCAAGAAACAAGGAAUCCAUUCAUUGUUUUGCUUAGGAGAGGGAGAAUAUGUCG